AUGCUGGACGCGGGCCGCAAGGAGUGCGCGGAGCUGCUGGAGAUCUCGGGCGCGGAGGAGUUCGUGCGGACCGUCGGCGAGGAGGACCAGAUGUGCCUGGGCCUGAAGAUGUUCCACCCGAAGAACGACAUCAUCGAGAACUUCGAAAUUUUGAUGAUGUUCGUCCUGCUUUUUGUGUUCAUGACGCUGCCCCUGUGCCUCGCGUUCGACCGCGUGAACACGGCGCUGCUGGACAUCAACUUCGCGUGCGACCUCAUCUUCUGUCUGGACGUGGUGAAGAACUGCAACGUGGGCUACGUCGACGACCGGGGGGUUGUUGUGAUGGACCGGAAGAUGGCUUUAAAGAACUACUUCCAGACCUGGGCGCUGAUCGACAUCGUGAGCUCCGUGCCCAUCGACCGCGUCAUGGACGCGGCGACGGAGGGCAAGGAGGACGGCGGCGGCGUCAUGGGCUCGAAGAAGAUUUUGAAAUUAUUGCGGCUCGUGCGCAUGACGAAGCUCGUGAAGCUGCUCCGCGCGUCGCAGCUCGUGAAGAAGAUCCGGGAGAAUCUGAUGGCGUUCAUGGAGUUCUACAAGAUCUUCGUGUCCGACGCGACGCUGAAGCUGUGGCGCCUCUUCUUCAUGAUGCUCACGCUGUCCCACUGGGGGUCCUGCCUCAUGUUCAUCCUGCUCAAGGCCUACAAGUACCCCUACGCGUCGUGGGCCGUGCGCUGGGACGUCGUCGCGCCCCACACGGGCGUGCCCGUCAAGUCCGUGCUCCACUGCUACACCUGGGGCAUCUACAAGACGCUGAUGCUCGUGCUGGGCCAGGCCUACCAGGAGUUCCCGACGGCCCAGGUCUGCGAGAGCUCCCACGGCUGGUGCGUCAUCGAGUCGUGGAUGACGCUCGUGGGCGUCUUCGCGGGCUGCUUCUUCAACGCGAUCUUCGUGUCGACGAUCACGUCCAUCCUGGUGUCCAUGGACGUGUCCAUGCAGGAGUUCGAGGAGCAGCUCCAGCGCACGAACGACUACAUGCGGAGUUUAAGGCUGCCGGGCGAGCUCCGGGACCGCAUCCGCGACUACUACCACCACCGCUGGAAGGAGGGCGUCAUCUUCGACGAGUCGCUGAUCCUCGAGCGGCUGAACCCGGAGCUCUGCCUCGAGAUCCUCAACUACAAGAUCCGCGAUCUCGUGCCCAAGGUGCCGCUGCUGCGGACGACGCCGAAGGCGUUCUCCGAAGCGCUGGCCCCCGCGCUGCACCCGACGGUGACGACGGAGGGCGACGUCGUGUUGAAGGAGGGCGACUACGGCGACGCCAUGUACUUCAUCGACAAGGGUCUGGCGGAGGUGCUCGUGGAGGCCGUGGGCGACCAGGUCGUGAAGCUCAUCGCGGACGGGUGCUUCUUCGGCGAGGCCGCGUGCCUCCUCAAGGUGAAGCGCACGGCGACGAUCCGGUGCAAGCACCUCAUGUCGAGCUACACCGUCUCCUCGGAGGACAUGGACGAGGUGUUGGAGGACCACCCGGAGAUUUUAAAGUACAUCACGCGCGUCGCGCGGAGCCGCAUCGACCGGCUCCAGCUGCUGCACCUCAACGCGCACCUCAACGAGGGCACGGCGGGCCUCAUGUCGACGGACGACGACGAGGACGCGCGGACGCCCCUCUUCGUGUCGCUCGCCGCGAAGCACCGCGCGGAGCAGGCGGGCACCGUCGCCGCGCGCGUGCGCCACUCGCUGGCGAACAUCUACCAGAAGGGGUCGUCCAUGGUCGGCGGCGGCUCCAUGACCAACGGCACGCGGAGCUCGCGCGCGAGCAACCGCGCCGCGUCGCAGCGCGCGGGCGGCCCGAGCUCGAAGCACGUCAUGGUCCAGCCCGGGUCCAUGCGCUCCGUGCCCGAGCACCACGCCGAGGACGACGACGACGACGAGCUAUCGUCGCUGAGCGGCGAGAUCGCGCCGACGCGGGGCGUCCACGCGACGAUGAAGAAGCAGCACUCGCCCAAGGCGACGCACCGACCACCGCCGUCGACGCGGCACCACCGCUAG